AUGGAUUCACAGGGUGGUCCAUACCUCAACAAGAAGGCACUCUUCUCACCUCUGGGUGCAGCCCGCCUCUGUCAGCUAGCUAUGGGCUGUGCUGUGAUUGCCAUGGUAACCCACAGCGCCGGAUACAGUGGUUCACAGGGUGUGUUCUGCAUGGCAGCGUGGUGCUGCUGCUUUGCUAUGUCGGUUGUGGUGUUCUUUUUGGACGCCACUCGUCUCUACAGCUGCCUCCCCGUCUCCUGGGACAACCUGACGGUCACGUGCGCUGCCUUCGCCACACUCAUGUAUGUGACAGCCUCUGUGGUCUACCCACUCUUCUUUGUUCGGAUUGAGUGCCCCUACGCCGGCUGCGAUGUCCGAAAUUUUCGCAUAGCUGUCACCGUCUGCUCCAUCCUGGGUGUUCUAGCCUACGGAGCUGAAGUGGCUUGGUGCCGAGCCAGGCCAGGCCAGGCUGUUGUGGGCUACAUGGCCACCGUCUCCGGCCUCCUUAAAGUGGUUCAGGGCUUCGUUGCCUGCAUCAUUUUUGGAGCUUUGGCCAAUGGGAGCGAGUACUCCCGCUAUGCUGCUACAAUCUACUGCGUUGUCGUCUAUGCUUUCUGCUUCACUCUGACUGCAGUGGUGGUCAUGAUGACUGUGUGUGGGCGGACCAAAGCCGUACGCUGCAUGCCCUUUGACCGCUUCGUGGUGGUGUGCACGCUCCUGGAAGUUCUGCUCUACCUGAGUGCAUCAGUGGUGUGGCCGGUGUUCUGCUUUGACACGAAAUACGGCUCCCCCUGGAGACCAUCGUCAUGUCCACGGGGAAAGUGUCCGUGGGACAGCAAGGUUGCAGUUGCGGUGUUUUCUUUCGUUAACUUUGGACUGUAUGUGGCGGACCUGAUCUACUCCCAGAGGUUACGAUUCGUCUCCUCACAUUUGUCCACUAACUCUCGGGUGUAG